AGUGAGAAAAAAACUAGAGAAGAAGAAAUCAAAUCCACAAACAACAAAAAAAAAAUAUUAAUUUUGUUAGAUUGAAAAAAUAUAAACACCAAAAAAAUAUAAAUUUUGUUAAGAGAGUUUUGCAUAGUGAGUGGAAAAUGGCGCAGAUGCACCGAGAAGAUGUUGAAUCCGUCACGGCGGAUAAGAAAGUCUCAGACGGAGGAGGAGGAGGAGGAGGCGGCGGAUCUUCCGGCACUCAGGCGUCCUCGUUCAAAUUCAACGCUGAAGCACCAGAGUUCGUACCACAAUCGCGUGCCGCCGUACCUACACCGCAGGUUUCUCCGAUCUCCGGUUACUUUUAUCCUUGCUUUCACUACAGCGACGGAGGAGGGACGGCGGUCGGUUCUCAGGCGUCGGAUUGGUUCUUCGUCGGAGAAGGAGAUCCUGCUCAGCAUCCACACGUUCACGAUCCGGCGGCUGCGUUUUACGUUCCGAGCCCGGCGGUUCAGUUUCCGGUGAAUCAGAACUCUUCUCCUUCUUCUUCGUUGCUCUCUGAUGAUCUCCGCCUUAAGAUCGUCAAACAGGUUGAGUACCAGUUCACGGAUAUGAGUCUCUUAGCUAAUGAGUCCAUCUCAAAGCACAUGAACAAAGACCCUGAAGGUUAUGUGCCAAUAUCUUACAUUGCUUCCACCAAGAAGAUCAAGGCUUUAACGAGUAACCACCACUUAGUUUCAUUGGCUCUGCGCUCCUCCUCUAAGCUUGUUGUGAGUGAAGACAACAAGAAAGUUAAGCGUAAAGUUCCAUUUACUGAUAGAGACAGAGAGGAUUUGCAGGGCCGGACCGUUGUUGCAGAGAAUCUACCAGAUGAUCACUCCUACCAGAACCUUGAGAAGAUCUUUGGAGUUGUUGGAAACGUUAAAGCGAUUAGAAUCUGUCAUCCUCCAGAAUCAAACUCCUCUCGUCCAAAAGGAGAUUUCUUGAUGAGCAACAAAAUUCACGCACUGAUCGAGUAUGACCACACUGUUGUCGCGGACAAAGCUGUGGAGAAGCUGAACGAUGAAAGAAACUGGAGGAAAGGACUUCGUGUGAGGCUGCUUCUUAGAUGCUCGCCCAAAUCAGUUCUCAAGCACAGAAGAAACUUUGAUGGCAUCCUCAUAGAUGAUGAGAGUCCUUAUGAAUCAGGAGAAGACUCUCCACGUCUCCAUUUAACCGAGCAUCAGCUUGAUAACGAGGGUGAUGAGAACACUCUUGGAGGACUGUGGGGAAAAGGGAGAGGAAAAGGAAGAGGACGGUCUCCAAGAAGCUAUGUGGUAGGAGGAGGAGAACGUAGCUUCGGUAUUGGGAUGGGACUCAGCCUUGGCCCAAUGUCACCGAGUCUAGGUUUACACGGAUCUUCGUCUCCAAAAACAGCAACAAAAGGACCAAGGAUGCCUGAUGGAACAAGAGGCUUCACCAUGGGACGUGGCAAACCUGUCAAUCUCAGUCUUAUCUAACAAUCUCUACGUGAACGACUACUACUAUUUAUUAUUAUCUAACAAUCUUUAACCAAAUAAUACACGUGGGUUGGUUUCUUGAGAUAUGGCUUCACAGAAGCAAGGACAUGAGUUUGGGAUGAUGAGGUAACUACAUAGUGUUUGGACUAAUUAAGAAGGCAUGGUGAAGUUUUUUGAGUGUUUUUUUUUUUCUUUUUGCAUUUCGUUUAUAAUUUGGGCAAUUUCUUUUGUAUGUUUUGAUUUAUUUAUUUUUCGUGUGAGAUUAACUGAAUAAUGAAGGGUUUAUAGCACAAGGACUGCAACCCUGUUGUGUAAUCAUUCUCACCUAUUUAUUUUGACUAUGUAACUCGAAUAUUGGUUGUAGAAAACGAAUCACUGUUGUCAUUAAAUGAAAGACGAAUGAU